UGCAGUGAAAAAAUAGUUUUGUAUCUGCAAUUAAACCAUUUUUUUAUGUAAUCGCGGUAAAUAAAACGACUUAUUAUCUAGGUUUAAUGUCCAUUUGACAAUUUCUGUCACUUUUUAUCAAAACAUGGACUGCAGGACGCGUAAUAAUCGCUGGGGCUGGCCACGCUGUGCAGUGUCAAUCGUGUUCAGCCGCCGCGGUACCGUAGCCACAGAUGCCGUAGCUACAGUGUACUGUACCGUAUCCGCGAUAUCCGCGGUUUUAUGAGAGGUGCUGCGGUAAUUGUGCGUUCUGCAAACAUCCGUUCCCAGUUUACACUCGAAGUAAUUGCUCAAGAAGGUCGCGGACACAUCCUUUCAGUAGUCGCAGAAAACGCCCAGCUGCGCUGUGAACCGGUCCGGACAACGCCAUGGGACGCGUGCGGCGGCUUCUUCUGAAGUUGCUGCUCUUGAGAAAACAAGAAGAAGCGAAAAAGAGGAAAAGAAGGUUUUGAGUGCAUCCAGUAUGGAGGAAAAAAAAGUCGGAAGGGGAGUACCACACUGCGUUCCAUGUGAUGAGGGACGACCCUCCAUUGUUCUUCAGAUAUUACCGCAUGACACCACAGAAAUUCGACGAAUUGCAUCGCAUCCUGCAGAAACACCUAACGAAGGUGUUCCUUUGCCGAGAACCUUUGUGCUCAGAAGAGAGGCUAGCCAUUACACUCAGGUGUAGUAACAAACUGCGAUAUUGCUCAUUCUUGAGGCUCCACUGUGUGCAAUGUUUUUAUGUGGUCUGCAGGUACCUCUCAUCUGGAAGUGCCAUCAAAGAUGUAGCAUUGGCUUUCAGAAUCGGUAGGGAGACAUGCAGAACAGUAGUCCACCAUACCUGCCAAGUGAUCUGGAAUAACUUAAAGGAAUGCUACAUGCCAAUGCCACGAAAUGCACAGUGGCAGGAGAUUGCCCAUUGAUUCUCAAGACGCUGGAACUUUCCGAACUGCUUGGGUGCCGUGGACGGCAAACAUGUUCAGAUCAUGGCGCCACCAAAUUCUGGCAGCAAGUACUUCAACUACAAGAAAACAUUCUCUGUAGUGUUAAUGGCAGCAGUUGAUGCAAACUACAAGUUCAUCAUGGUGGACGUGGGAGCCCCAGGACGCCACAGUGACGGGGGAAUUUUUAAAACAUGUGCAUUUGGAAAACGCCUUGGACAUCAAUUGCUGGAUAUUCCAGGCCCAACAAAACUGCCAAAGAGCUCCCGGGUGGCACCUCAUGUGUUCAUCGGUGAUGAAGCUUUCCAGCUAAGGGAAGAUUUCAUGCGUCCAUUCCCAGGAAAGCACAUGAACUCCGAACACAGAGUGUUUAACUACAGAUUGAGCAGAGCAAGGCGCAUUGUGGAGAAUGCAUUCGGCAUACUUUCUUCCCGCUGGAGGAUUCUGCUCAAUCGCCUGAACCUUCUUCCCCACAAUGCGGAGUUUGUUGUCCUGGCUUACUGCAUUCUUCAUAAUUUCAUGUGUGCAACUCCAGAAAUGUAUGUGCCAGCUGGCUAUGCGGACUACGAUGAUGAAUUUGGCAAUACUAUCCCUGGCCAGUGGAGGGCUGAUGAGGAAAAGAGCGAGCUCAUUGAGUUAGAACGCACAAAAUGCAAGAACUUUUCUAAAAGUGCUUCAGAAGCGCGUAACAUUUUUGUCGACUACUUCAUGCAAGAAGGCUCUUUGCCAUGGCAGUGGGUGCAUGCGGGGGUCCAGACACCAGCACACAAGCAAGUGGCACGGCACACGGUCUGAACCGCAGGUUUCAUUUUUUUAAAGGACUUGUAAAUAGACCAAUAAACUAACAUUGUAUUUUUUCUGACUGAUGUGGCCAUUUUCAUCAAUUCAUGCAAUCAUGCUGAAGCUUUGCUGGUUUUUUUCUGCACACUACAGAGUACAGCCAGUACGCAAAGAGAUGGGUCAGAGAAUUACGUACACUCUAACUGGCCAUUAACUGUUACAGAACAUGACAGAGAGCAGGGAGGACUCCGGUAUUAUCUUUAUUUAUUACGUGGUGUAUUUCUUCAGUGAUGACAGUAUGUCGAUUUCAAUGUCUGGCCACAUGCUUCUAGGACAUGCCCGCAUUCUUUUUGCGACCAGCUGGCCGAAAAUUGCAGGUUCAUCCUCAUCUUUUUGUAGAAUGUCUUCAAGCUUGUCUAUUUCCAUUUGGUUAGUGCUUUUUCUUUUCCUUUUUUGUGGCCGUGGUGUGCUACUUUCAAACAAGUUCCCACUUUCUUCUGUAGCAGCGGUCGAUUUUUGAGUAGGAGCUGCCAAGCUGCUGUUGUCCUUAAUGGCAGCUCUUGAGGUGGCGCUUUUAGGAGUGGCAGUUGCCAAGCUGCCAUUGUCAUCUGUGGCAACAGUUAAGCUGCAGCUCUGAGAUGUGGCAGCAGCUUCCUCCACGAGUGUGAUGUCGGGUGAACUUGGCUCAUA